CAUACAACUACCCUAAUCCAACACUUUUGACAAUACAAACACACUCCCUCAUCAGCCGCCGUUUUCAUAAACCCUAACUCCGGUACCGGCGGUUCUUCUUCACCGGAAUCAAUGGCGGACUCGUCGGAAAAUGUCAUCAUCGACAACUCCGCUUCUCCCGCUCCGGCGGAAGCAGAAACUAUCAGCAAAAAUGCUCGAAAGAAGGAGCUGAAGAACAAGCAGAAGGAGGAAGAGAGGCGUCGUAAGGAAGAGGAGAAGGAGAAAAAGGCUGCUGCCAUGCCAAAAUCAGGGGCCCAGAAGCCUUCUGCAGCAGAUGACGAAGACAUGGAUCCAACGCAAUAUUUUGAGAAUCGGCUGAAAACACUUGAUGCCCAAAAGGCAGCUGGAUUGAAUCCCUAUCCUCACAAGUUCCAUGUCUCGAUGUCCAUUCUUGAAUAUAUUGAGAAGUAUGAAACCUUAAAUAGUGGGGACCACCUGGAAGAUGUUCAAGUUUCUUUGGCUGGGAGACUGAUGAGCAAACGCGCUUCUUCAUCAAAGCUCUUCUUUUAUGAUUUACAUGGUUCUGGUGGAAAAGUUCAAAUUAUGGCUGAUGCAAAGAGAUCUGAAUUGGAUGAAGCUGAAUUCUCUAAGUACCAUUCUGGUGUGAAACGUGGAGAUAUUGUUGGUAUCGUCGGGUUUCCAGGAAAAAGCAAAAGAGGAGAGCUGAGUAUUUUCCCAAAAUCGUUCACAGUUCUAUCACAUUGUCUACAUAUGAUGCCAAGGCAAAAGGUUGCAGCUGCUGCAGAUAAUGCCAAUGCAAAGAAGAUUGAUGCUUGGACUCCUGGAAGUGGUAGAAAUCCCGAUGCAUAUGUUUUAAAAGAUCAGGAAACACGAUACCGUCAAAGAUAUCUGGAUCUGAUGGUAAACUCAGAAGUCAGACAUAUAUUCAAGACCCGUGCAAAAGUUGUAUCCUAUAUAAGACGUUUUCUCGACAAUCGUGAUUUUUUGGAGGUUGAAACUCCCAUGAUGAACAUGAUUGCUGGUGGAGCAGCGGCACGUCCAUUUGUAACUCACCACAAUGAUUUAAACAUGACACUAUACAUGCGAAUUGCACCUGAGCUUUAUCUGAAGGAACUUGUGGUUGGUGGACUUGAACGUGUAUAUGAGAUUGGAAAACAGUUUAGGAACGAGGGAAUCGAUUUGACACAUAAUCCUGAAUUCACGACGUGUGAAUUUUAUAUGGCUUUUGCAGAUUACAACGACUUGAUGGACCUAACUGAGAAAAUGUUAAGUGGUAUGGUGAAGGAGCUUACAGGCGGAUACAAAAUUAAAUAUCAUGCAAAUGGGUUGGAUAAUGACCCUAUUGAGAUCGACUUCACUCCUCCUUUCAGAAGGAUUGAUAUGAUUGGAGAGUUGGAGAAAAUAGCAAAUCUUAACAUACCUAAAGACCUUGCCGGUGAAGAAGCCAAUAAAUAUCUUGCUGAUGCAUGCACCAAGUUUGAUAUCAAAUGUCCCCCACCUCAAACAACAGCACGUUUGCUGGACAAACUUGUGGGACACUUUUUGGAGGAGCAAUGUGUUAAUCCUGCUUUUAUAAUUAACCAUCCUGAGAUAAUGAGUCCACUGGCAAAAUGGCAUCGAUCCAAACCAGGCUUGACCGAACGUUUCGAAUUGUUUAUCAACAAGCAUGAGCUUGCCAAUGCAUACACUGAACUUAAUGAUCCAGUGGUACAACGUCAGCGAUUUGCAGAUCAGCUAAAGGAUCGACAAUCAGGGGAUGAUGAAGCAAUGGCUUUGGAUGAAACUUUCUGUACGGCUCUUGAAUACGGUUUACCACCAACUGGCGGUUGGGGAUUGGGUAUUGAUAGGCUUACUAUGCUUCUCACUGACUCACAGAACAUCAAGGAGGUUUUACUUUUCCCAGCCAUGAAACCACAGGAUGAACCGCCAGUCAAAGCUGUUGAAAACCUGAAAAUUUGAACUCGUAUACGGCGUGGUCUUCGUGUUUGUGGACUUGAAAACACCAAGUUUUGUUGAGAAUGACUCGUGCUCAAUUUAUUGUGCCAAAAGUUAUGAUGCAUAGCCUUUAGAUGUUUGAAUGUUUGUGUUGCUAUUUAUUGCAUUACUUUGUACCAAAUUGAAAUCACAAUGUGUCUUUUGAACUUGAAGCUAUUAUCCAAAGAAUUUAAUUGACAUCCCACCAAACAAAUAGCGAAAUGAUUACUUUUGACAA